AUGGAUCAGAAUCCCCAGAUCUGGCGUCGUCCCCCCGACAACCUCCUGCGAAGCAGGAGCCAAGGGGUCUGGGGCGUAGCCCCAGCCGCCGGAGGCAUGUCCCUUUCACCAGACUCUAACAGAGAUUUUUCAGCGGCUCCUUUUUGGACGCCUCUUCAGCAAGUUCCAGCUGGUACCCUUGUCAAGGUUCCAGAGGGAAAGAAGACCCCAGCAGUUUUUAAGCCCUUGACUAUCAGAGGGGUGACUUUCCAGAACAGAGUAUUUGUCGCUCCUAUGUGCCAAUACUCGUACGAAGAUGGAUUUAUUUCCGACUGGACUUUAGUGGCCAUUGGUUCUUAUGCCGUUCGUGGAGCCGGAUUGUCUAUUAUCGAGGCUACCGCAGUCGCUCCUGAGGGCCGUAUUUCUCCCCAGGAUGCUGGUCUCUGGAAGGACGAGCACAUCGCCCCUUUCAAGAGAGUUGCAGAUUUUGUUCACAGCCAGAACCAGAAGAUUGGUGUCCAGAUUGCCCACGCCGGCCGUCUGGCAUCUACAGCUGCUCCCUGGACUGGAGCCAAGCUUGUCCCUCACUCCGAGGGUGGUUUCGACUCAGUUGCUCCUUCUGAGGGCAAGUUCUCUCCUCAAAACUCCGAUCCUCGUGAGCUGACUAUCCCCGAGAUCAAAGAGCUUGUCGAGAAGUUUAAGGACGCUGCAGUUAGAGCUGUCAAAGCUGGCAUUGAUGUCAUUGAGAUUCAUGCUGCUCAUGGCGUAAGUAUACAUACCAGCCACAUGAAAACAUGCAAGAGACACAGUUCAACUAACCUGGCUAUUUAG